AUGGACAUCGGCGCCGCGGAGCCCAGCGCGGCCGGCGGCAGGUGGGGACGUGCGCUCGCCGUCAUCGCGGCCACGGGACGCAACAGGACUGCCUUUGCGGUCUACCUCGCGGCCCUGCUGGCGUUCCGCUGCCUGCCGGCCGCCUGGUCCCCGCGCCCUUCCCUGCAGUCCAGCGCGCUGAGCGCGGCGGCCUUCGGCUGCCUGGCGCUGGCGGCCCCGCGCGGCCGAGGCGCCGCGGCGGGGCCGCCCUGGCGGCUGCUGGGCGCCGUCGCUGCCGCGGAGGUGGGCAGCGCCGCGGCGUACGCGCUCCUGGCGGCCGCGGGCCCGCCGCCGGCGGCCGCUCUCUGGCUGGCGGUCGCCGGGCUGCCAGCGACCGCGGCGGCGUCCGCGCUGCUGCUGCAGAGGAGGCCGGCGCCGCUGCGCUGGGCCGGGGCGGCGGUGGCCGCCGCGGGUGCCGCGUGCGCGGCGCUGGCGCUGCCGUCCGCCGCGCGCGGGCGCGCGCCCGGGGCCCGCGAGCUCUGCGCGGGCCUGGUGGCGUGCGGCCUCGCCUCAUUGGCGUGGGUCGGGCGCGAGGCGCUGCUGAAGGGCGGCGCGGCGGGCGAGCGAGGGCGGCACGGGCCCGUCGGCCUUGCGGCUGUGGCCGCACUGGGCUCGUUGUCGCACCUGGCGAUGCUGGCGGCGGUGCCCGCGGCGCGCCCGGGGGCCGCGGGGGGCCCCGGCGCCGUGGCUGCCGGCGCCCUUGCCGAGGUCGCGCAGAGCGCCCUAGCGGUGCAGCUGGCCGUUGUCGUGGCCGCGCCCCUGCCGGUCGCGGCCGGCGCCAGCCCGCUGGUGGCCUGCGGUGCGGGGCUGUCGCUCGCGGGCGCAGCGGUGGCGCUGGGUUCCCCUGAGGCGGGGGGGCUCGAAGCCGUUGGGGAUGCCGCGAGGGCUGCGAAGGAGGUGGCCGCAGAGGAGAGCGCCGGGGCCAGAGAGGCCAGGCGGGCAGCGGAGGAGGCCAGGGCUGGGGAGCGGCAGGCCGCCGCGAGAGAGCGCGCGACGGUCGGGGCGGAGAGGGCUCGGGCCGGGGAGGGGAGGGCGCAGGGCAGGGCCGCAGGGGAGGCGAGGGCCGCGGAGGAGGAGAGGGCGCGGGCGAGAGGCGCGGAGGAGAGGGCCAGGGCCGCGGAGCAGGCGGCCAGGGUGGAGGCAGAGGUGGCGCGCGCGAAGGCCGCGGAGGAGGAGGCCAGGCUCGCGGAGGAGGCGGCCAGGGCCAGGGAGGAGCUGGUGCGCGCGAAGGCCGCGGUGCAGGCCAGGGCCGCGAGGGAGGCGGAGGCGCGGGCCAAGGCCGCAGAGGUGGCCAAGGCCAGGGCGGAGGAGAGGGCGCGUGCGAGGGCCGCGGAGGAGGAGGCUCGGGGGCGGGCGAGGGCCGCAGGGGAGGCCAAGGCCAGGGAGGAGGCGAGGGCGCGCGCGAGGUCCGCGGAGGAGGAGGCUCGCGCCGCGGAGGCGAGGGAGGAGGAGGCCCGGGCCGUGGUGCGCGCCUGGUCCAGGGCGCGGGCGGAGGCCGCUGACGAGGGCGCCUUCCAGGUGGCGGCCGUCGACGAGGGGGCCGGGGCAGAGGCCGGGGCAGAGGCCGUGGAGGAGCGCGGCGGGGCCAAGGCGGGGAGGGCGAGGAGUGAGCUGGACGAGUUCCUGCUGAAGACCACGCGCGAGAGGGCCAGGGAGGAGGCAUCGCGGCGGACGCCCGCCGGGGCGAAGGUCGGGGCCGCGCGAGGGACGCAGGUGGAGGAGAGGGGCAGGGCGGAGCUGCUGUUGGAGACCGCGGGCAGGAGGGGCGGGGAGCUGAGGUCGCGGCAGCCGCCCGCAGGGAGAGGCGCCGUGGAGGAGGCACGGGCGUCUGACGAGCAGAGUCCGCUCAUCCUGGCCUGCCUCCUGCUGCUCCUCCUCGUCUUCUGCUUUCAGGUCGCCAGCUAG